GUGCCUUUUGAAAGAUAUAAGUUUUAUUCUAGAAUGCAAGAAUCGGGAGAGUCUUACGAUCACUAUCAGACAGCUCUUCGACAGUUAAUUACGUUAGUUGAAAGGUGCGAGUUUGAAUCGAUUACCCCCUAUCAGAUUUUACGUGACAAGCUCGUGUUUGGAAUAUUUCGCGAUUCAAAGGUUCGUGAGAGGCUUCUCCAUGAGAAGAAUUUGUCGUUGGAGGAAACUGAUGAGAUUUGUCGUUCUCACAUGACCAUGCUACAGCAGAUGAGGGUUGUAGGCGAUGCCGGUUUAAGCGUUGCAGAUGCCGGAAACGUGAAUGCUGUGUCUAAAAAGCCUAAAAGAGGGAAACGUAGG